UAUUCAAAUAAUUUUUUAGCCUCUAAAAUAACUGAUAAUUUAUAUUUAGGAGAUAUAAAUGAUGCAAUGAAUGUACCUGAAUUAAAAAAUCAUAAUAUAACAAAUAUUGUAACUUGUGUAAAAUCAUUAGAACCAUUUUAUCCUAAUGAAGGAUUUUCAUAUUUAAAUUUACAUUUAUAUGACAUGUCAGAUGAACAAAUAGAUCAUACAUUUGAUGAAUCAUUUAAUUAUAUUGAUAAAUGUUUAAAUAAUAAUGAAAAUGUUUUAAUACAUUGUAUGAAAGGUAAAAGUAGAAGUGCUUCCAUUUUAAUUGCAUAUUUAAUGAGAAAAAAUCAAUGGUCUUAUUUUAAUACUUUACAAUUCGUUAAACAAAAAAGAAAUAUUGUACAACCUAAUACUGGUUUUGAAUUACAAUUAUUACAUUAUGAA